CGCGGGGUCGCGAAGUGCCGGCCGCCCCGCCACUGUCCGGCAUGAAGGGCUGGGGUCUCGCAGCUCCCUCCUCCUCGCUCCAGCGCCAUGGAAUGCCUGCGGAGCCUGGCCCAGCUUCUGCCCCGCGCGGUGGGGCUGCCCCGGCGCACCCUGUGCGCUCUGGCCUUGGGCCUGACCCCCGGCACUCGCCCCGUCGUCGCCUACGGCCGCGUCACCGAAUUGCUCGGAAGGAGGCGGGCCGCGCCGCUGUGCUGGCCCCGCCGGCUCCCUGUGACAGGUGAAAUUUACCGGAAGAGAACUUCAGAUGUGUCUCAAGCCACUUUAGCCAGUGUAUCCCCAGUGUUUACUGUGACAAAAUUUGACAAAGAAGGAAAGGUGACUUCUUUUGAAAGGAAGAAAACUGACUUAUAUCAAGAAUUAGGUCUUCAAGCCAGAGAUUUGAGGUUUCAGCAUUUAAUGAGCAUCACAACCAGAAACAAUAGGAUUAUCAUGCGAAUGGAGUAUUUGAAAGCUGUGAUAACUCCGGAGUGUCUUCUGAUACUAGAUUAUCGUAAUUUAAAUCUGGAGCAGUGGCUUUUCCGGGAACUCCCUUCACAGUUGGCUGGAGAGGGUCAACUUGUCACAUACCCUUUACCUUUUGAGUUUAGAGCUAUAGAAGCACUCUUGCAGUAUCGGAUCAACACCCUUCAGGGGAAACUUAGCAUUUUACAACCACUGAUCCUUGAGACAUUGGACGCUUUGGUGGAUCCCAAACAUUCUUCCAUAGACAGAAGCAAACUGCACAUCUUGCUACAAAAUGGCAAAAGCCUGUCAGAGUUAGAAACAGAUAUUAAAAUCUUCAAAGAGUCCAUUUUAGAGAUCUUGGAUGAAGAAGAGCUGCUGGAAGAGCUCUGUCUGACAAAGUGGAGUGACCCACGAGUCUUUGAAAAGAGCAGCGCUGGGAUUGACCAUGCAGAGGAGAUGGAGUUGCUGUUGGAAAACUACUACCGAUUAGCUGAGGAUCUUUCCAACGCAGCUCGGGAACUCAGGGCACUGAUCGAUGAUUCACAGAGUAUCAUAUUCAUCAAUCUGGACAGCCACCGUAAUGUGAUGAUGAGGCUGAACCUACAGUUGACCAUGGGAACCUUCUCCCUUUCCCUCUUUGGGCUAAUGGGAGUUGCUUUCGGAAUGAAUUUGGAAUCUUCCCUUGAGGAGGACCAUAGAGUGUUCUGGCUGAUCACAGGAAUUAUGUUUAUGGGAAGCGGCCUCAUCUGGAGGCGCUUGCUGUCAUUCCUCGGACGACAGCUGGAAGCACCCCUACCUCCUCUGAUGGCCUCUUUACCUAAGAAGACACUGCAGGCCGACAGAAGGCUAGAAAUGAAACACAGCUUCAGGCCGGAUGGACUUGGAUCAAGCAGGGGUAUCCUAACAAAUCGUUAGGAAUAACCUGAUGGAAACUGAACAAUUUUUCUUAUGGUAGUCACAGGGAAAUUCUAGUAUCUUUUUAUUAUUUUAUGGAGUCAGAGACUUGAAAGAAAAUCACUGACACUUAUAUUAUGUCUGAGGAUAAACUAUUAUGGCAGUCAUAGUACUAGAACUUAAUUGUAUUUUCGUGCUUGCUUUGUAAAAGGCCAAAAUUCUGUUUCCUACAAACUUAAAAGGCUGUUUUUAUAGAUGUAAGACAUGGAGAGAUUAACUUAAUCCAGGAUUAGAUUGUGAUAUUGAUUUUAUUUAAUUUAUACAUGUUAACAAAACUGCAACCUCAUGCCAAAUGAAGCUGGGAAACUUGCCAAACCCGUAGUUGUGAGAUUAGGUAACCACAGUUCUUCCUGUAAGGAAUCAUGUUCUUAUGAAUUUCCUGACUCUCAGGUGACUAAAAAGCUAGCAUAAUAUACAUUAACCUUAAACUUCAAACCAGUCUCUGACAUAACUGUGUUCUCUUAUGUUUGUGCCCCACCCCCGCCUUUCCUUCUCCGGCUUUCUGGCCGCAUGCAGGCUUUCAGGUCCCUGACCAGGGGAACCAGCUCCCGUGGGAACAUAGCUCCCAUGCCCCCUGCGGCGGAAGUGUGGCACUUCAAGUCUUUCACUGCCAAGGAAGUCCCUGCCCGUUUUUAUAUAAGGAAUACAGAAAGGAAAUGAGACGCCAAUAUUAGCUUUGUAUAGGUUCCAAUUAUUCAGAAUUUUACUUCCUCAACCUAUGAAACUAUCUUUCUUUGCUUGACUGUAAUUAAAGCUUUUGGAAAUAGUUGAAAGUAUUUCCAUUCUGUUACUGUUUUAUAGCUGUUUGACCAUUCCUUGGUUUUUAGGACAGACAUGUCACACCAAAAAGGAAAAUGUGUAGCAAGAUUAACUAGGCUGCGCAUUUUUCAUCUGUUUGGCUACACCCGAGAGGCUGACUGGUGGGCUUCCUAAAACAAGAGGGUAAAUUUUUAAAUUGUGUUCCCUUUUUAUUUUCACAGAGUUGAGUUUAAAACAAAUGGCUAAUAUUUCUAGGUCUCAAGCACCUGUGCCACCUGAUAUCUUCUAUGUUUUUUAUAUUUUCUGGAGGUUAAAAAGUUACACAGUAGAACAUUAGUUAUAUUUAUCUCCAAAAGUAACAGACAAUUCUAGAGUCUAAAGCAGCUCUUGCACUACAAAAUUAGUAAAUAGAGUCCAUUUACCAGGUGGGUAAAAAUGAAUUAAAAUGCUUUUUCCAGUUGCUGAUCUGAAGGGGAACAAAUGAAGUUUCCCAGUUCCAUGUGUGGUUAUGAAAGGACAUUAGAAGAGCAUGAAACAUGCUGGGCUUGUCUUGGAGCAUGCCUUAUGGUGUGGCUGUGGAAUGUGAAUACCAUCAUACAUCUGUUUGAUUUCUAAGAUAAAGUAUCUUUGACAAUAUUUAUA